UGCUACUCUCCACUUCAACACGGUCUGCGUCUGUGUGUCAAUGGAUAAACUAUCACCAUUUGCUAAGAAAACUAUUUAUUUGUUUAAUCCUGGCGACGUCCUCACAACGUGUUGUGUUUGCUGGGAAAGACUGCUGACGAACAUUUUUAAGAGAUGCACGGACUCACGGAUCAGUGGACCACUCACACAGCGCGCCCAGUGUUCACGUGACGUCACAGAGGGUAAUUGACGUCACAAUGAAGCGUUCUACAGUCCGAGUUCAGCGUCGAGCCGCACAACUAAUCUGAUCUCGUGUGGGUCAGUUCAGCGAGAAUCCGAGCAGAAGCAAAGAUCAUCCCGUAAGAAAACACUCGAGUCGAUUGCUGAUUUUCCAGUGUUUCUCCAGCGCGGGAGUCAGUGGAGCUCAGCUCUAGUGUUCAGUGUUAGUAGAUGAUACACUGACAGCUGGAGGAAACACCGACCCUUCAGGAGCAAACCCAGAGUCUUCUUCAGCAGCAGCAGCAGCAGCUAUGGAGAACAACCCAACAGAAAAAGCAUCAAAACACAAGAAUAGAUUUUGUGCAUUCUUCAAAAAGACAUGGCGUGCUGUGAAAAGCGGAGACAAGUGUCGACGUGGAGGCAACAGUGUGGUCCCUCAUCAGUCUGUGUCCGACACAGAUUCAGCUGAUCCUCAGUGUGGUCCGUCCGGCCUCGAACCAGCGGCACAUUGGCAUCUAGCUGAUCCACAGCCAGGUCCCUCCGGCCUUGAGCCAACAGCCCUACAGGAGCAAAGUGAUCCUCCACCGCGUCCAUCCAGCGUCACACCGGUGAACUGUGAUGAAGAACCAGCUGAUCCUGAGCCAGCUGAAGAAAAUCAAACAAACAAGAAGAAGAAGAAACACAUCUGUGCAUUCUUCAAAAGAGCGUGGCAGGCUGUAAAACGUGCAGCAACACAACAGAAAAAGCACAACAAGGUGGCUCCACUUUGUCCACAGCUUGACACAGAUUCAGCUGAUUAUCAGCCGGAUCCAAACGUCAUUGAGUCGACGGCUCUACAGGAUCUCACUGAUCUUCAGCCGGAUCCAAACAUCAUUGAGUCGACGGCUCUACAGGAUCUCACUGAUCUUCAGCUGGAUCCAAACAUCAUUGAGUCGACGGCUCUACAGGAACCAGCUGAUCCUCCAGAAGAUCCUCAGUCUGGUUCAUCUGAGCCUGAUCAAGAUCCAGAUGUUUCAGAGAGGACAGCUGUCGUAGGAGCACCUGGUCUUGUGCCAGUGGGUCUGCAGGAUCCAGCUGAUCCUCUUCCAGGCUCGUCUGCUCUUGAUCCAGUAACCCCCAAAUUUCCAGGUGCAUCCAAGCAUAGACGAAUCACAGAUCAAACCCAUUUCAGAGCAGCCUGUUUCACCGAUCCAACUCCUGUUCCUUUUGAUGAGAUUUAUGAAGUGGGAGAAGAGAUUGGAGAAGGAGGCUUCGGCACUGUGUAUGAGGGCAUUUCCAAAUUUCUACGUGAGCAGGUUGCCAUCAAAUUCAUCCCCAAGUGUGAAACAGACCGGUAUAUUGAAAUACCUGGCUGUUCAAAGCCGCUGUUUGCAGAAGUGGCUCUAAACUUGCUGCUGAAACGGCCUCCGUUAAGCCCCUACAUUGUGCACAUGCUGGAAUGGUUUGAAGAGGACGAUCAGUUCAUCCUGAUCCUGGAAUAUCCACAACCCUGCAAGGACUUGCUCAAAUUCAUGGUUAACAAUAUGCAGCGAGUGAACGAAUCACAGACUCGUAGGCUGAUGUACCAAGCGGUCCUCGGGGCCAAGCACUGUCUUGACCGAGGCGUCUUCCACCGUGACAUUAAGUUGAAUAACUUUCUGAUCAACACAAACACUAACCAAGUCAAACUGAUAGACUUCGGCUGCGGUGACCUCGUGAAAACAUCAGGGUACUUGGGUGAUUUUACAGGAGUGUGCCCACCUGAAUACUACAAGGACUUAAAAUACGAAGCAGGGCCAACAACCGUCUGGUCUCUGGGCAUAAUGAUGUACACAAUGGUGUGCAGAUGUCAGCCUUUUAAAAGUCUAGAAGACAUGAUGCAUGGCAGUUUGAGUUUUAACAUCAGCAUUUCCACAGAAUUGCAGGAUUUGAUAAGCCGCUGCCUGGCUUAUCACCCAACCGAGAGAGCAACUAUUGAGGAGAUCCUACAGCAUGAAUGGUUUCAGCAGGGACAGAUGUUAGGAGUAGCACAGGAUCAGAUAGUAACAGCAGAUGCCCCAAAUUGGCCCCGGUGAGGAAAAACUGCCCAAACCAUUCAGUAAAGUCUUCAGAGCAGCAAGCUUGGUGGGCAAAAUUAGAAACUGAAGGCCCCGAUAUACUUCAAACCAAGUUUGUUUUCGUUUUUAGUUUCGGAGCAAAAAGAAGUUCAAAAAGGCUAUCCCCUAAACACAACAACGAUGAAGUGUAGGUAAUCUUGGUGUGAGACAGGCACCGAUGGUCAGAAUAUUACAGUCAAAAGAAUAAUGAUCAGCAGCAGUUCAUAGUCAAGUAUCAUGUUUGCAAUAAAAAAGAACCAUAAUCAGUCCUUUAUGGGAAGUGUGAAUGUUUCAUAGUCUGUAAACUUUAGCA